AUGGAUGUUGCGGGUGCGCCGUCUGCUGCCAGCUGCCAUUCGGACCGAUAUACCCGACCCGAACUCGAGUUCCUGCUGAAAGAAGUUCUACGUUACCCGAACAUCGUAGAAUCACCAAAUAGUCAUUCGGAAACGAAACACAGAAAGACGUUGUUUUGGCAAAACGUGGCAAGGAAACUCCGCCAAGAAGCACCCAACGAAACACCAAAAAGCGCCCUCCAGCUCAGAAAUUGGUGGAAGCGGACAAAGAGCCGUGCGAAGCAGCGCUUGGCCGUGAGUUCUUCCCUUAACCGUCAAGGUGGCCCGAUUUCACCGUCGGGGACAAAAAAUUUAGGUGGUAAUCGUGGUUAUUUGGAAAGGAUCUUCAUGGAAAUCUGCCAGUUUAGACAAGAUGUUGCAACCUCGUACACCCCAGAGAAGGAAGAUGCUGAAUACGCCAAGUUUAUGGAGGAAAGACGGUCGACCCGUACCAUCACAAUUUCUUCGAAAACUUUUAACGUGGAAGACCGUCAGAAGCCCGCUGAUGGUGUCUCUGGAAAUGAGCAGUCAGUCUGUGAUAGCGGAGAUGGAGCCACUGCUAUGAGUGAUUUCUCCGAAGACCGAAGUUGGGCAACAACGGACUCAAAUGCAAAAAUGGACUCGGAUAAUGUCAACUGUUCCGAAUUAGAAAAUUCUGGAUGUCAUGUCUCGUUUCCUCAGCCUCAGGUAUUUGUGCACCCUCCAGUAAUUCCUCAUUUUGACUUAACGAACCAGCCCAAAACAUUUGAACGAAUGAAUCACACGCAAAUUGAUAUGGAAAGUGACACCAUGUUUUCUCUGUUAUCAAAAUAUGCUCAACUCCUUUCCAGAGAGCUUAUGUCUCUAGGAAUCCCCAUUCCAUCAGUCCCUUCUGCUGAAGUUUCGUUACCUGACAAGGAUCAAACAGAUCUGGCUGCAUCUCAGGUGAGGAGGGACUGGUGGAGUAUGAAUACCAAUUCUGGAUAUUUAACAAAGGAUUUGGGUGAUAUCAUUGGCAUGAACAAAGCAAAUUUGACUUAUGAUGAAACGAACUUUAAAAAUGCGGGACACAUUCAAAAUGAGCCAAACCAAAUGAACUCCCAGAUCCCUAAAAACGAAAUGAAGUUAAAAGAAGAACUAUUCUUCAUUGAGCAAACUAUUUUGAAACUAAAGCACAGGAAACUGCAAUUAGAACUACAGUUGUUUCGACAUAACACUAACUUACCAACAUGCCUUGAUGCCCACAAUUUUGAUACUUCACUGGAUGAGUUUUGGUCAAAUAAUUGA